AAACACGAAAAGAACUCGAGCGAUGCACUCCUGGACGCAACGGCUGCUGGCCGCGGCGACGACGGCCGCCCUCCUCCUCGCCGCCACCUGCGCCGCCGCCUCCGCCCUCGACGCCUUCCACGUCCCCUCCGUCGAAGCCCAAGCCCACGUCACCAAGAUAAAUCAAUUCCGCAAGCAGCUUAACGGGAAUGACAAGGUGACGUUAACCUUCAAUAUAUCUGCAAAGUUGGAAUCACUAUUCACAUGGAACACAAAGCAGGUCUUUGUCUUCGUGACCGCUGAGUAUGAAAACUCCAAGAACUCCCUGAACCAGGUUUCAUUAUGGGACCGUAUAAUACCUGACAAAGAGCACGCGAACGUGCAAGUGGAGGUGAAGAGCAAGUAUCCUCUCAUUGACCAGGGGACUAGUCUGCGGGGGAAGAAAGUCCAGCUUGUUCUCCACUGGCACAUCAUGCCGAACGCUGGCAGGAUGAUGCGAGGCAAGAUGCCCCUCUCUGAGUUCAAUCUGCCAGAUACCUAUACUUCCUGAAUACAAAUGAUUCAUUCCUCUGCCCUGUCUUGAUAAAUUAUGUUGGAGGCUCAUGAUUCUGGUUCCAGAACCAUAAUAGUGAAUUCAAUGCAUUCGGUGCACCCUGGACAGUGUUGGUAAUUCCUAAUUUAUUGUCAUUUACAAUAUGAAUAGCUUACAGUAAGUUGUAAUUGAUGAAGCAGUGAAUAUCAUGAUGAGUUCUGAACGGUAGUGAAGAGCACUAAUCUUUGGCUGUAACUAGAUA